UCGGACGCGUACCGCGGCCGCUGCAAGUACAAGAGCGGCCGGUGCCCCAACGAGCGCACGCUCAAGUUUAGCGGCGAAGCCCACACGCUCUGCGAAGAGCACCGGCUAAAACACAACAAGAACCAGCGAAAGUCGGACGCCAAGCGACGCGGUGCCAAGCCCGUCAAGAAGGAGCCCAAGACGACGACGACGACAACGACCAAGACGACCACGCCGGACGCUCGCAUCAAGAGCGAAUCCAUGGAUGACGCCUUCGUCAAGCACGAAGACGACGACGUGACGAUCAAGCUCGAGCCGGGCCUUCAGAUGGAAGAGAUGGAGAUGCUGACCGCCGACGACCUUGGCCCCGAGUUUGAUCUGGAAGAGAUGGACAUGACGGAGCCCGAGACGUGGUCGGACGACGAGGUUGAGAUUCUCAAGCACAUUUUUGAGGCCUAG